AGGACAAAUGGGAUUUUGGGAUACUGGUCAGAGUGGGGGACACUGGUGUGGUUGGGUAAUGAGUGAAUGACAAGGCCAAACUGUUACCAUAAUUCUGUCCACUUUCUAUGGAUUUGGGCUGCCAUAACUGUAAGCUCUGUGGUACAUCAGCAGUUCAUAGAUUCCCUGUGCCUGUAUCCCCAGCCUGUUACUAAGGGACAUUCAGUAGGAAAUAAGGAAGAAAUGAGAAGAAAUCAGUAAAUAGCACCCAAUGAUCUCUUUAUUGGGCAAAAUUCUUUGAACUUUCCAGUCACUGUUAUUCUGCCAAAAUAAUUAGUAAUGAUCAUUAAAUCUGUAACACUGUUGGCAGGUUAAAUAUAUGGAAAUGUGAGUUGCACUGCAGGAAUGGUGGGAGUGGCAUGUCAGUUGGUUUCUAUGGUUACAUUGUUUACCCUAAGGUACAUGAAAAGUUGUUGAUCUGCAGAUCAUUUUCAUCUGGCUUCCUAUUGGCUAAGAAUACAGAGAGCAUUGUGAUGUCAUAAAGAGGAGAAUACAGAGUGCAUUGUGAUGUCAUAAAGAGGAGAGUUGUUUACUGAUGUUACUCGCUUACUUGCUUUGUCAUAAGACCUACGAGCGCUGGUGGUGAAACAUCAGAGACUCAGUCUUAUCGAUUUUUGAAUUUUUUCUUACUUUUUAUCGUUAUUUCAAAACUAUAAUUAUGUCAAAAGAAGAGAAAGAUACUAAGAUAACAAUUAAUGAAACAGAAGAAGAAAAUGACUAUUCUGACGAGAGGAAGGCCGGCCGGGUCCUGCCUAUAUUCAUCAUUGGACUCCUUGCUACCUGCUAUUAUAUAUUUGUGGUGGAGCUGUGCAUAUUCACUGUACAGUUAUUAGAGGCAAAGGUGACUUUCCUGGUGAUUUUCCACCUUUUGUUCCUCCUGUGCGUGUGGUGUUAUCUCCGGACUGUUAUGACGCCUCCCGCUGUCCCUCCUGAAAAAUUCCGCCCAUCGGAGUCUGACAAGCAGCUGUACCUGAGUGAUGAGAGGCCACAAGUGCUGCAGGAGAUCCUCAUUCGUACGGCUAAAGACUUGCCUAUUUAUACUAAGGAUCCAAAAGGAGAUGUUCGGUACUGUGCCACAUGCCAAGUGUUAAAGCCAGACAGAUGCCACCAUUGCCCAGUGUGUAACGUCUGUAUACUGAAACUGGAUCAUCACUGCGUAUUUCUUAACAACUGUGUGGGAUUCUCCAACUACAAGUUCUUCCUCCUGUGCCUGACGUAUGCAAUGCUAUUGUGCAUAUUCACUAGUGCAGUGUCGCUUCAUUUCUCCAUACUAUUCUGGACUCAUCAGCUGCCCAACAGCCCAUCCAAAGUCCCCAUCAUUGUGCUGUUCUGCCUGACCACAAUCUUCUCUAUAAUCCUAUUUCUAUUUUGCCUUGGUCAGUCUGAACUGGCUUUAACAAAUGUAACUUCUAGAGAGGAAAAUGAUAACAUAGCUGAUGACACAACUGAGGAGAAUAAUCCCUAUAACUUGGGCUUCAGCAAGAAUCUGAGAGAAGUGUUUGGCAAUGAAAAGAAAUACUGGUUCCUCCCAAUCUUCAGCAGCUUAGGAGAUGGCUUCUCAUUCCCAAUGGGUGAGGCCACAGAAGAUAUAGAGAAAAAUGCUGCUUUUGCCAAACCCCCAAAUGAGGGAAUAUAGGGUUAUGGAAGAUAACUUAUAAUACAAGUUGACCAGGGACUGGUGCGAUUGCCAAUUUGGAGUCAGGAAGGAAUUCCCCCU